AUCUUUUUUAUAAUAUACUAAUUUUUAAUAUUUAAAUUUAUAUUAAAUUUUAUAAUUAAACAAUUAGUUUACUUUUUAUAAAUUUUUUUAAAUUUUUUUUUUAAAAAAAAUGAUUGAAAAUGAUAAUAUAAACAAUAAUCUUUUUAAUUUUAAUAAUAGUGAAUGUCAUAAUGAAAAGGUAUUUUGGAAAAUAUGGAGGUUCAAGAUACUUAGAAAUCAAAUAUUACAUUCAAUUAAAAAUCAAUUUAUAGAAUUUCCAGAUCAUUUAACUCAUUUAGGCAAUAGAAUAGAAUAUAACCAAAUAACUAGUUUUGAAUGGAUAAUCGAAAAAAAACAAUACUCUUUUCUUAAAGACAAGCUCAGAUCAAAUCAAUAUAUACACAGUAUUAAUAAAAAGAAUCUUAAAAAGUUUAUCAAACUAUGCCAGGAUGAAGAAUCAUAUAGACUUUUAUUUAUAAAGAAAAGAGAUGAAAUAGAAAUAAUUGAUUUAAUCGAAGAAUCAGUAAAACACAAUUCAGAAUUUGCACUUAAAACCUUUAGAACCCUUUAUGGAAUACAAGAUGAACCAUUUUCAACAAGACUAUUAGACCUUGCGAUAGGUAGAGGAAAUAUAGAGGUACUGGAAUAUAUGAUGACCAAUAAAAACGAUGGUUGUUCAGAGCAGUAUUUAUUAAAGAAUUGCUUAAUAUCAAAGAACAGAGAUAUUAUGAUUGAAUACAUCAAUAACAAUUUAAACCUAAACUUAGAGUACCUAAUUAGCAAGUAUCCAAAUAGUAGUAGUUUCCCAUUUUUCCAUGAUGUAGCAUCCCUAAAGUCGUAUGAUUUAAGAGUGUACUUUCUUUUCCGCCAAUACCACACAGAUAUUAAAAGAAGAUAUGACUAUGCAAUUAUUGACAAGUUUUUACAUUCAAAAGGAUAUGGAAGUUUAAACCAUUUGAAAUAUAGAGUUUUAAUAGAAGAGAUCAAUCCCAAAGAUGUUUAUAAAGGUCCACUUUUACAAAGACUUAAAGAAAUAGAAUCUAUAGAAGAAAUACUUAAUGAAUUCAAACACACAUUAAAAUAUUUUUAUAUUGACCACUUUUUUUACAACAACUAUUCAAAGUAUAAGGAAUAUAUCGAUGGUAUUAGUGGCAUAUUGUUAAAGAACUUUAUAUUUGAACACUACAAGUUAACAUUCAAAUAUUUUUCUCUUCAAGGGCUUAAAGAUAUCUACUCUAUAUUUUUAAUGGCACCAGACGAAUUUAAUAACAAGAUAUUCGACCGUAUAGAUGACUUGGAAAGUAACAACUCCAUCAUUCUUCCGACCGAACAAAUAGUACAAUUUUUUAACCAACUAUUAAUCAUCGAGAAAUCAAAUUUUUACAUCCCAUUUUUCCAUCUCCUCGAUAUACUCGUUCAAUACUAUCCAUUUGAAACAAUAGAAUCAUUGUUAAAGCUAAACGACUCGUUCUUUGAAAAAACAUUAAAAGAAUACAUAAAUAGAAAUCAGUACACCUCUUUUAACUUUAUUACCCAGCGUGAAGAAUUUGAUUCAAAAUUUGUAGAUUUGUUUUUCAAGUUUAAUGAAUCGCCACUAGAGUCAGUAGAGCCACAUCAUAUUCAAUGCUACAAAUCAGAUGAACAAGCAAUUAAACUAAUUAACUACUUAUCAACUAUAAUUCAAGAUGCACAGGUUUUCAUCAAUAUUUUUAGUGGGUUGUUUUAUGAAAAGUUAACACUAGACCGUUCUAUUCUAAUUUAUUCUCAAUUAAAUUUAGAUAGUAUCAAUCUUUUAUUUUCAAAUUUAAAAGAUUAUAUCUCUGAUGAUUUUUUAUCAUACAAUUAUUUUGGUGGGAUUGAAAGUUAUUUAUUUAACUCUCAUUUAUUAGAAAUAAUAUUCAAUAAUAAUAAAAGCAAUAAAAAUAAUAACAGUGAAUCACUAAAUAGAAUAGUUUCAAUAGUAAAUAACAAAAGGGAUAUAAAUAUACCAACAACCUUAAUAAACAAUAACUUAAACAAAGAAAAUCAAAUAAUUCAUCAUUUAAUCAACAAUAGUUUAUUAAAUAAUUUCAGCUACACCCUAUAUUUCAACAUUAUUGAAAAAGCAGUAGAAAUAAACCAAAAACCAACUCUAAUUAUAGAUUUAAUAACACUAUUUUAUAAAGCAACAAAUAAUAAUAUCUUUUUAAUUAGCAAGGUCUACGAUUUCAUUCUAAAGAAAGGAUGCUACCAAGUUUUCCAACACCUUUAUAGUAAUGGACUGUUAUAUAGCAUAAAUGAUGGUGAUUUUUACACAAAUACUAAUGAAUCUACCAAUACAUGUCAAAUAACUAUUCAGCAAAAUCAAUAUCAACAUCAGCAGCAAAAAAUACCAUCACCACAGAACGAUGAAAAGCUAACCAAUGGUCAUAGAUUUUUUAUUGAUUUCCACCUAAAAGAAAAACAAAUUAAAAAGAACCAUGAACAGUUUUUUAUUCAAAGUCAAAAGCCAAUUGAAAUACUUUUAAAAGGAUAUGUAGAUCAGUUCCUUGGAUUGGAAAUAUCAUCAUCUUACAGUCUUGUGGAAGUGUUCAUUUUAAUUAUAGAUCAACAAUGCUCAUUUGAAAUGUUUUUAAAAUUUUACAAACAUUUUUCAGAGAAACAGAAUAAAGGAAUGAAGUUAACUUUAGACAUCCUAAUGAUAUUCAAGAAUGCAAUAAACUAUAAUAGGUUGGAUAUUAUAGAUUUUAUAAUUAAAAAGCAUGGUUUUAUUGGGAAAAAGGAAAUAUUAAAUACAAUAAGAAAUGGAAACUCUGCAAUUGUUCAAUAUCUUUUCAAAAACCAUAUAGAAAUAUUCAAACUCCCAUUCAAUGAAAACAAUCGUUUCCAUCCCAAUAAUUUAGCAAGAGAGGCUCUAUACAAUGGUCACCUUAGUAUAUACAAAUUGUGUGUGUGGUAUUUCCCAGAAAAUAAUUUCAAGGUCAUUAUUGAUGAAACUCUACUAAACAGUAUCAUAACCAAAGGAUAUUUUAAUAUUUUAAAAUACUUUUUUGAUGUAUCAAUUAUUACAAACUUUAAUAUAUUAAAAGAUUUAAAUUACUCCAAAAUAGAUUUAACUUAUAAUGGAAAUUAUAAUAAUAGAUAUACAGAUAAAUUUUUAAAUUUAUUAUUAGAAAUUAAAAAUAGUUAAAAAAAAAAAAAAAUAAACAAAUCAUUAAAUAAAUAAAUAAAUAAACAAACAAAUAAAUAAAUAAAUAAAUAAAUAAAUAAAUGAAACUUAGGUUUUCUAAAUGU